GUGACAAAAAAUGGAAAUGGUGGAAAAUGUAUAGCCUGUUUAUUGAUACAUAGGCUGUACUAUGGCGUAUUUUCCUAAAAUUGGGCCAUUUUAUGAUCCAGACAACGAGCAGGAAAUUUAUGGAGACAGCCAUGGACGAAUCCAAAUGCGGACUUUUCCGCCAGCUAAAAACGAAGGGGCUCUGUGCCAAUCGUUUUUGACAGAAGAUAAACUGGGAAGAAACUGGACUACUUACGUAAAUCGAGAAGAGGGAGGUGUAUAUUUUGUUAGUGUUGAUAAUGGAAAACAAGGUGACACGUCAGCAAACGUUAGUGCAGAACAUCAGAAUGGUCACGAACAACAUGAAAGAUACGAUGCAUCCCAGUCUGUCUCGCCCAGAAGACCAAGCAUGGACAGUGGACUCGGAUAUAGUCCCAGCUGUGAUUAUGAACCCCCUGAAAGAAACAAUCGAUACACUGGAUCUGGUAAGAAGGAAGUGCCAAUGCCAAGAAUCGAAGAAGUCACAGAUUUCAGACGAGGUGACAGUUACGACAAGCAGUAUCACUGUGAUCAAACAUACAGUCAGGUUCUUUCACGAAAAAAGGAUCGUACAGCAAGAGAAGAGGAAGUCACUGAUUUCCGGAGCAGCGAUGUGCUGGAUUCUAGAUCAGAUUAUGCAACGGAUGAUUAUCACAGUCCACCAUUUUACAGAACGAUCAAUGGGAACAGUGAACAUUAUGAAAAUGGUUCUCAUGCAUAUUCUAGAGAUCCUCAAAGACAUUCCAGUAAUUGUUCAGGGAAUUCUUAUCAUAUUGCAACCAAAACUAACCAAAGAUAUGAAACAACAUUUGAAGAGACAUCUUAUGAUCAAACUACUCAACAAACAUUUGAUGACUGUGUUACUCGUAAUACUCCAAUGGACAAAUCGACUCACUCAUGUUCUGUGUCGGACACCAGGUCAACAGUUUCACAAAGUAUUGUUAAGGAUAGUCAUGGUGUGCAGCGAUGCAAGGACGUUUUUCUUCUUCCAAACUUUAAGCAUGUUUGUCGGACUGCUGACUCUGGUGUUGUGUUGUGCGAGAAACUGUUUGGUAUUAUUCUGUUUCAUUACAACCAUAAAACCGGAUCAGGUCGAACAGGAGAACACAAUAUGACCAACGUGCUGAGAGAGAGGAAGGUUAUUGUUCAGGGAGUUACGCCUCGAUCGCCGGCCGAGAAAUGUGGCCACGUUCACAGAGGAGACAUGCUGAUUUCGUUGAAUGAUUUUGAAGUCAACUGGUUGAAUAUUGAUAAGAUAUUUCAAACUUUAACCAAAAGAGAACAAGUAAAGUUAACAUUCCAGUUGCCUGUUAUCGUCGGUCCAAAACCUCCCUUACCAUCUUCACCGGCCAGACCACCACCUCCUCAAAGAGACUUUUACAAACUAGUGACAGGAAGUGACAUCCUCAGAGGCCAGGCAGACCUUGAUGACAUCACAUAUUCUCUGAUGUAUUUGACUUUGUCCGAAUCGUCAGAUGAAGUUAAAGCUUCACGGGAUGAUAUUGUGUACAUGUAUCCACUGUAUGACACCAAGCUUGUGGACAUUCGAGGACUUUUCUUAACUCUGAAUUCCUUUUUGGUUGAAGUCUCCAAUUCAAGACCUAAAAGCUCGCUGCUGGAGAUUGGCGACAAGAAAAUCAACAUAGCUUACUGGUGUGAAGAUACUGAUGUGCUUAUCGUUGGUCUGCCACAAGACAGGGUGCCAUUGUCAUGUUUGGACGAGUUGCUAGAACAGAUUGUCAGAUUACUCCAAAUCAUGUUUGGUGGCCUCAGCAAAGCAUUUAAACGCUGUGAUAGAAAUGAGCUGGAUCAGCUGUUCUCGCUGACAUUCCACCAGGUUCUGGCACCUCGUGCCUCACACUGUGACUUGGAGGACUGCCAGUCUCAUUCCAUCUUCCUCGAUACAUUCACGGGCGUGGCAACCCUGCAGCUGUCAGAAGAAAAUAAACUCAUUUGUGAUGAAAUACUCAGUGAAUAUGAAGCUGCAGACUUUGAUGAGUUUAUGGAAGAGGAAGCUCUUGAAGAGAGAAGAUCCUUUUCAGUUUUAGGAUGUUCUUUAUUCUACAAGGAGCAUCAGCUGUGUACUCACCUGUGUGCCGAGGACUCCACUGAUGUGAGUCUAUUUGUGAAGCACCACGGCCUGCUGUCGAUGAUGUCACAGAAGUCUGUGGCCGACGUUGUGGUGUGGCAGGAGUUGUGGCCGACACGAUGCUGUCACCGUCCAAACCCCGGGGUUCUAGGUUACCAACAACCAUCGGGCAGGUGGUUUCUGCUGCUGGUUGGUAUGAAACACUUUCUGCUUGGGACCCUGCUGGAGGUGGGCGGCUGCACGAAGCCUCCUGAGGAAGUGACUGGCCCGGAUGUGAUGCUGGUCGAUCAGGCAAAGGCUACUCUGCUGCAGCUGGAAGCAGACAUCGACAUAGCCGAUAUUUGUGAAACGAGAUUAUCUUGUGAUUCAGGAAGUGUGCCUCUAGUCAGAGCUGAAUCGUACAUUACAAAGAAGUCAAAGAGGGAGAGUCCACACUCUCCACUGAAAUCACCAGACUCCCCCAAUUUUGCAUCAACACCACUCAAAUCAGCGAAAGAUGCCGUGGUUAGAACCCAUUCCAGCUUUGGAUCAGACAAGAAACCAGGCAUUUUGGAUGACGCUGACUCCGAUAAAAGUGGAAACAUCACGGUGACCGACAACUCUCCGGUGAUGUUGAGAAAGGGCAGCAAACUGUCGUACGGUUCCAAUGAUUCCAUGGGUAGUGGCAGCAGUACCGGGGCUCCCAAGACAAAAUCAAGUCGAAGAAGUCUGUUGAACGAUAUGGCAAAUAUCGGUCGUGGUGUCUCUUCCCUACAGAUAGAGGAGUUUGAAACAUGUAACAGUGACAGGCAACUGACUCGAGGCAGAGAAAACUGUCUGUUCCACUAUGUGAAGCUUUACGACGUGGAUGGUCUGUUUGUGAUGCCGUCACACCAACAAAUGGCUUACGGUGCCAUUCAGUCUCAACUCCUGGAUAACUUCUACCGGUGCUCCAUACUGAUACGCAAAACAUUUGAGAAUAGCAAUAAAUCUAAGGAUGCAAGUAGCAGGCCAGAUAGAUUUGGUGUGUGUACGUCAUUUGAUGGUGUUCAGGAACACGGCGUUCUGUUUAAACACUGCCCGCCCUCCUCCGCUGACAGUAAAAAAUCACCUCCUAGUCUCUCCUAUUGGGUUGUCGGACGCAAGUUUACUGAUGGCUCUGAGCUGUACGUGUGUUUCCAUGAAUCAUCCAGCCAGUCGGUGGUAGAAAUGGCUUUCAACCUGAACUUUGGAACUGAACUCUAAUCUACCAGUGAUAUAUUCAUAGCUAGUGCCUUCUAGUGAUUCAUAGUUUAGUUUACUUUCAUUAUACCAGUCAGACAGAACUGUGGUGGUAAGGUUUCAUUGUAAAAAAUACUCAUGAGACAAGCUGGAGAAAAAUAUGGUCUACUAAAUCAAGAGGAAACACCUGAUUCUGAUCUGUAGUCUCCAUUAAUUAUAGGAUAUUAAACAAGCUUCCAUUUCAUAUGAACGUUAUAUCCCAUAUGAAUUAAUUUCCAUGUGUUAUGAGAGCUUUAGCACAAGGGACAAAAAUGUUAUAAGAAAUGGUAAUGGGUGUAAUAUCCUAUUUGUUGCACUAUAACCUGUGUUGUGCACAAUGUGGCCUGGUGAAAUUACUUAUGAGAAUAGAAACUGGUAAUGUACAUUUUAUAAUUCAACCGUAGUGUGUGAUGGAAUAAAUGGCAGCGUGGGACAUAUCACAUUUUUAUUUGAUAUUUUUGAGCCAAGAUAUUUUCAACCACAUAAGUAACAAAUCAACUAUUAUUAUGCAUUGAUUUCUAAAUCCACAACAUACACAUUAAAAUUAUAUCAUUUAUUUAUUGGAUUAUAUAUAAUUUAUAUACAAUAUAACAAAAAACUCUCUCCAAGCCAUCUGGUAUAAACAGUAUUAAAUGCUAUAGUUAUAUACAUUGUUACUAAAACGGCACUAAAGUUGAUUAAAAUUAUAUCAGAUUUAGAUAUAAAGAUAAUAAUUCUACUAUUAGAAUUCAAUUGUGAA